CACCCCCACCCCUUACCGGACAUUCCCACUCCAAUCGCCAACCACCACGAGGGAGCUGCUGCUUGACCCAUUGCCUCUUCUGCUUCUGGACGCGCACGGAGUGUGGCCAGGGGCCAGGGAGUCGGCCAAGCUCCUGAUUCCUGAUCAUCAUCAUCAAUAUUAUUACUACAACUACUACAACCACCACGAAUUAAAUCGCGACAUAAACCUAUUUAAGGCGGUGGUGGUGCUAGUAGUAGUAGUAAUAAUAAAUAAUAAUUAGGGGCAGCAGGCAGCAGGCGGCGCGGCGGGCAGCGCCGCGGGCAGCUAUGCGGGGCCUCGGCGCGGCGAGGCGCGCGGACAACAUGGCGGCGCGCAAGAAGGACGGCGGUCCCAACGUGAAGUUCCUCGAGUCGACGGACACCGUGGCGCAGUUCGACAACGUGCGACAGUGGCUGGGCAAGCACUACAAGAAGUACAUCCAGGCAGAGCCUCCCACCAACAAAUCUCUCGCUGGCCUGGUGAUUCAGCUACUGCAGUUCCAAGAGGAAGUUAUGGGAAAGCAUGUCAGCAAUCCCCCUCUCACUCGGAUUCCGAUGAAGUGUUUCAUGGAUUUCAAAGCUGGAGGGUCUCUGUGUCAAAUCUUGGCCGCUGUGUACAAAUUUAAAAGUGACCAGGGAUGGAGGCGGUUUGAUUUCCAAAAUCCAUCUCGCAUGGACCGCAAUGUAGAGAUGUUCAUGACCAUCGAAAAACUGCUUGUACAGAAUAAUUGCUUGUCUAGGCCAAAUAUCUACCUUCAUCCUGAUAUUGAUCACAAGUUGGCAAGCAAACUCAAGGAUAUAGUGAAACGACAUCAGGGAUCGCUAACGGAUGACAAAUCAAAUGCUUCUCACGUGGUCUUUCCUCUUCCAGCUAACCACGAUGAAGAUGAGUGGGUGCGGCCUGUAAUGAAAAAGGAUCGCCAAAUGCUCCUGCACUGGGGCUUCUAUCCUGACAGCUAUGACACAUGGCUGAUGGCUAAUGAGGUUGACGCUGAAGUAGAGGACAUGCCCCCACGGAAUGGACCCUGGAAGGUGCACGUCAAAUGGAUCUUGGACACAGACACGUUUAAUGAGUGGAUGAAUGAGGAGGAUUACGAAGUGGAUGACUCUCGGAAUACCGUCAGUACCAGGAAAAAAAUUUCUGCCAAGACUCUUGGUGAUGAGGCCAACAGCCCCGAGUCGGACCGGAGGGAGAGAAGAGGCAGCAGCAUGAAAAAGCGCAAACGCUCGCCAUCUCCACCACCCGUAGACACCAAGAAAAAGAACAUCAAGAAAGGGCCGGCUACUCCGUCAGGUAAGAAGAGGGGUCAGCGGGAGGAAGACCAAGAGGACUCCAGUCGUGAUGGAGACAACUCGUCGCAGGCACCAAGUGUGGAAGAGAACAAGCCUCCCAAGACUGAAGAGCAGACUGAUAAAACAGUGGAGUCUAUAACCAAGGAGGGCGAGACUGUUGUGGGACCCAAGCCUGAUCAGGCAAAGAACCCCGACCAGUUGGAGGACAACGUAACUGACCAGAUGCACCACAUCGUCGUGCCCAGCUACGCUGCCUGGUUCGACUACAACAGCAUUCAUGCUAUCGAACGACGUGCCCUACCCGAGUUCUUCAAUGGGAAGAACAAGUCCAAAACCCCAGAAGUGUACCUGGCAUACCGUAACUUCAUGAUCGACACGUAUCGGCUGAAUCCCCAAGAGUACUUGACCAGCACCGCCUGCCGUCGCAACCUUGCUGGGGAUGUGUGUGCUAUCAUGAGAGCCCAUGCAUUCCUCGAGCAAUGGGGCCUCAUAAACUACCAGGUGGAUACUGAUAGCCGACCAGCAGCCAUGGGACCGCCACCGACUUCUCACUUCCACGUGCUGGUGGACACCCCCUCCGGCCUGGUGCCCCUCCAACCAAAAACCACUCCGGUGGCGUCCGUGCAACCCACCCCAAACAACUCGGACAAAGCGAAGGAGAAGACGGGAGAACUCCAAAACUUUGGACUGCGGUCAGACAUGUAUGCCAAAAAGGAUGGCACAUCUGCUAAGUCAAAGAUAGCUGGUUCUGGUGCCAGAGACUGGACUGACCAGGAAACUCUAUUGUUACUUGAAGGCCUGGAAAUGUUCAAGGAUGACUGGAACAAAGUGUCGGAGCACGUGGGCAGCCGCACGCAGGACGAGUGCAUUCUGCACUUCCUGCGGCUGCCCAUCGAGGACCCCUACCUGGAGGAGGGUGUGGGCUCUCUGAGCUCAUUAGGACCACUCGCUUACCAGCCCGUCCCGUUCAGCCAGGUUGGCAACCCCGUCAUGAGCACCGUGGCGUUCCUCGCGUCCGUCGUGGACCCACGCGUCGCCACCGCCGCAGCGAAGGCCGCCCUGGAUGAGUUCCAGAAGAUGAAGGAAGAGGUGCCCUCGGCCCUGGUGGAGACGCACGUGAAGAAAGUGGAGGAGGCAGCCAAGUCGUCCGGCAAGGCCGACCCCUCGUUCGGGUUGGAGAGCAGUGGCAUAGCGGGCACGGCACCCGAGCAGCAGGAGAAGAUUGGUACGCGUGUUACUGCGUGCGUGCUGGAGGAAGCCAAACGGGAGGAGCCCACCGAGGAGCCUAAAGCUGACAGCCAGAUAAGUGAUGAAAAGAAAGAUGAUAAGGAGGAAAAGGCAGCAGAGGGCGCUGAGGAAGGUCCUAAGGAAAAGGCAGCGGAGGGGGAGAAGAAAGCGGAGGAUGGUGUCAUGGAGUGGGAAAACCAGAGCAAGGAGGACAAGAGCAAAGAAAGUGAAAAGGAUGCAGAAGAGAAAGAGAAUGAGACUGCCAUUGAGAAGGAGAAAGCUGAGAAUGGAGAAAAGAAGAAAAUGGAGCGCGAUAUCGGGGAAGGAAACCUUGCCACUGCUGCUGCUUCUGCCCUCGCAUCGGCUGCUGUUAAAGCCAAGCAUCUAGCGGCUGUGGAAGAGCGGAAGAUAAAGUCGCUGGUGGCUCUGCUGGUGGAGACGCAGAUGAAGAAACUUGAAAUCAAGCUGAGGCACUUUGAAGAGCUUGAAAGCAUUAUGGAUCGCGAGAGAGAAGCGCUGGAGUACCAGCGGCAGCAGCUCCUGGCCGACAGGCAGGCCUUCCACAUGGAGCAGCUCAAGUAUGCGGAGAUGAGGGCCCGGCAGCAUCACUUCCAGCAGAUGCAGCAUCAGCACCACCUCCCUCCUCCAGGCCCUGUAGCCGCCGCCCCACCGCAACCCAUCCACCCGCCCCACGUGCAGCAGCCUUCACUGAGCAACCCUCCCAGCACGUCCAGUGCACAGCCGAGCCCGACCGUGCAGCCUGCCAACGCUGCCGGACCCGUGCCAGCGGCACCGAGUGGGACUGGGGUCCUUGAUGGCCAGCCGCAGCCUUCAGGAGCUCAGCAGCAAAAUCUGCCACAGUCUGCAAUAGCCCAGUCGUCAACACCUGCACAAGCUGCUGCAGGAGAGCAGCAGUCAUCGGCAGGAGCAGCCAGCUCCAGUGGUGCAGGAUCACCGUCCAAUGGAGCUGUGUCCACCAGGACCCAGAAUCCAGCCAUGGGCCCCUCUGCUCAAGAUGGCACCCCUACGGAGAGCAGCCCAGCACCAGUAGAGCAAGGAAAUCCAGCUCCAAGUGAGGAUGUGGCUACUCCACCAGCUGCUGCAAUGGCAGCAGCACCGCAGUGACAUCACAAGCUCCCCCCUCCCUCUAGAGUUACUGGCUAAUUAUAGCUGUUGUGGGUUGGAUGUUGUCUUUUUUAGCUUGGUCUACACAUUACCCACAAUUCCUUCAAGAUUAUGUAAACUGGGUGCUUUAUAACACACAGGCCAUUAAAGCCCAGAUUUCUACGGUUCCACGUUGGUUGCUUACCUUGAUUCAGUGAUGUAUAUAACCUUUCAUAUUCUGGUACCUCAUAGCCUUAGUGAGUUUGUCAGCCAUUGAUAUAGUGUGAGGUCCUUGCCUGCUUGAUUAUAUAUAAAGUAGUUGCCAUAGACUUUAAAUAUUUUUCCCCGUCUGUAAAGUUAAAACAUACUUGUUGAUUUGAAGUUGUCAGAUAUUUGAUACCAAGCAUUAGUUAUUUACAAAUGUUUAAAUUUCAUUGUUUUUGGUACAUUGAAUAUUUUGUUAAACGUCAGAUGUAAAAACUGAUGUAUUAAACUGCUUGACAUUUCGUUUAGUACAUUCAGUAUGUGGUUAAUCGUGUUCUAUUACAUUUGAGUUUGCUGUAAUGAUGCACGCAUUAAUAAAUGUUUGCUUGACUUUUA